GUUUAAGAAGAAAGAAAAGCAAAUUUUAAUUUAAAGUCAUAAGUAAAUGGAUGCCACGUGUCCGUUCUCUCUAAACGGUGACCAAAAGGUCUCUCCAGUUUCUUCCCCUCACUUCCCAUACCACUGGAACUUAGCCCCUUCUCUCUCUCCCUCUCUCUGCUUUUUCUCUCUCUAGAAAUACAGUGACCAUGGCGAGCAGCAGAGACAGAGACAGAGACGACCCUCUCUCCUACGCAAAUCCAUCGUCUUCCUCCUCUCCAAUAACAGUCUCAGACCCGCUUGACAGCUUCCUCACCGACCCCAAUUCCCACAUCGGAAGCGCUUCGGGAAGCUUCCAGAACGAAGGUUUGCUCGCUGACAGUAAUGGUUGUAGCAGUGAUGCUGAGUUCGGCUUCAGUCGCCCUGAGUUCAGGACGAGUCAACUAGCUGGGACCGUUGAGUACUACGAACGUCAUGUUUUCCUGUGCUAUAAGAACCCGUAUAACUGGCCUUCUCGCAUCGAGGCGGCGGAGUUCGAUCGCUUGCCUAGGCUGCUCUCUGCUGCUAUGAUGGCUAGGAAGGGUGAUAUGAAGAAAGAGACUCGGUUAACAAUCUGUGAGGGGCACGAUGGGACAGAGACAUCUAAUGGUGAUGUAUUAAUUUUUCCAGACAUGGUCAGAUACAGGAGAUUGACACAUUUUGAUGUUGACACAUUUGCUGAGGAAGUACUUGUGAAGGAUGGUGAAUGGCUGCCUGGAACACCAGAAACACUAAAGGGUUCUUAUGUUUUUGUAUGUUCUCAUGGAUCCCGAGAUCGUCGUUGUGGUGUUUGUGGACCGGCCUUGGUUACUAGAUUCAGAAAUGAGAUUGAAUCAUAUGGUCUUCAAGGUAAAGUCUCUGUUAGUCCAUGUUCACACAUUGGGGGGCACAAGUAUGCUGGAAAUGUGAUCAUAUUUGGAUCUAAUAUCAAUGGAGGCGUCACUGGACACUGGUAUGGGUAUGUUAGUCCAGAUGAUGUGCCUGCAUUGCUUGAGCUGCAUAUUGGGAAUGGAGAGAUUGUAGACAGGCUUUGGAGGGGGCAAAUGGGUUUAUCUGAGGAAGAGCAAAAAGAUUCUCAAAAGCUGAGGCUCCUGAUGAAUGGUGAAACAAAUGUAGGAAAAAGUGUUGUUGAGUCGACACAAACACAGAAAAUUGUUAUGGAUACUAUCGCUUCUAGAUCUCAAGAGAAUGUAAUGGGCUGUUGCCAGGAAUAUGGAAACUCUUCUUGUUGUCAGAACCCAGAAUUACCAGAACAGAUACAGAGCCCUGAUACGAAGAAGACAGCAGUGAAGGUGACAGCUGAAAAGAAAAAGAGCAGCAGGAAACUUAGGACAAAUAGUGGCAAAGGGGCUUCUACGUGGAAGAUUUAUGCUAUGCCAACAUGGUUUGAGAGCUGGGAGCGUGAAGAUACAUAUGCAGCUUUAGCUGUUGUUUGUGCUGCUGUGUCAGUUGCCAUUGCCUAUAGCUGCUAUAAACAGUUGUGAUAAAAACCUUCCAUCAACCUUGUUUUGUUUAAAGAUGUAAUUGGUUUUGAGCAUGUUUGUCAUUUUUCUGUGUUAAAAAAAAGGCUUAUGGUUCUCAGUGGUUGAUUAUAGUGUAUUUCACCACCAGAAAGAAAGAUACUGUGUCUAGAUGGGGAAAGGGCAUGGAUAGAACUCAUUGAACAGAUCCUGUAGAAUGUAGGCUACGGUAUUUGAAUUACUAACUCUUUUUGAUUGCAGCUUGAAGUUUGUACUUUAUCACACGUGAAUGUCUUUCCCUGAUUCACAUUUAAAUGGAAACCAUCUUAUUUUUGUCUCUGGA